AUGACCUUGCCUACUCUCCCCCGGUGGCGCUCUAACGAGGAUCUUAUAGAGGAGGGAGAUCCGUUAGAAGACAGGCAGUUACUGGAUCAGCUUCCAACGAGGAUAGAGGAGAUUAAAGCGCGUUUGGAGAGUGGAGAGGGUUUGGAGGAAGAGGCGCCUAGAGUUGGAGCAGGGGAGAGGAGGCGGCAAGGGGAUUUGGGGAAGUGGCAGGGAGGGAGAGGAGGUAGAGGGAACCGGGGGCAAGGACGGGGUGAAUGGGUGAGUGCUGAGGCGAAGGGUGGGCAGUUGUUAGGGCAGGAGAAGGGGCGAAGCAGUGAUAGGGAGAAGGAGAGGAAAGAGGGGAGCACAAGAGACAGGGAGAAGGGAGAGGGAGACCGGGAGGAGCAGCAGAGCAUGAGUGGUGGGUGUAACAGUGCUGCUGCUGCGGAGGAAAUUGGCAGUGGGGCAGGUCAAAUUGGUGGUUUGAACAAUGAAAGCAGUGAGAGGGAGGCGUUAUCUGGGGAAGGUGGGCUGGUAUCCUAUGGGUUGCAUCUGAGGAGGGCACUGGAAGGGGAAGGGGAAGCAGAAGGGGAUGUGACUGCACUGGCAGGGCCAUCCCCAGACGCAGCAACGGAAGGGAGAGGUAAAGGGAAGCAGGUGGGAGGGCAACGGAUAAGAGUUCUACAGGGGGAUGAUUGUGGUGAUGUUGGGGAUGGUGGUGAUGGUGGUGAUGCUGCAGGUGAUGAUGCUGCAGGUGGUGAUGCUGCAGGCGGUGAUGUUUCUGCUGCACGAGUGAUGCGUGAGGUGAAGGGGGAGGCAGGAGCUGAAUCGAGCAUCAAGGCUGGAGGAAUGGGAGCAGCUGCAGCUUCCUCUGCCGCUGCGGGUUCACACGCUAAGUCCGCUGCUGCUGCUUCUGCUGCCGCUGCUGGUGCUGGUGCUUGUUCUGCGUCUGGAUCUGCCUCUGCGGCUUGUUUCAGGGCAGAUGUGGGAGUGGGGGAGGUGGCGGUGACGAGUGGAGGUGGGGAGUCAGGGCUUUGGACGGAUUACCUCAAGAAGGGGUUGACUCGGCUGUUGGAAGCUCAGAACGCCCCCAGUGAUGAUGACGAUGAUGAUUAUGAUCACGAUCGUGAUCGUGAUGUGGUGCAGAAAGAGCAGGCGGGCGGAAAGGAUGAGGAGACGGGGGAGAUUGGGGAGACGGGGGAGAGAGGAGAGAUGGUUGGGAGGAAAGGAGGGGGGGGAGAGAGAGCAGGGGGCGUGUUGGAUCUGCCGAGUGAGGGAGUGGAGGGGGAGGGGGAAGCUGCUGGAAAGGCGAGUGAGGAGGAGGAGGUAGAGGAGAUUGUGAGGGUCAAACCGGCCGCAGCAGGGAGAGGGGCAGAUGGGCAAGGAGCGAGUGUCGUGCCACCAGGGGUGCAAGCUGCUGCUGCAGCAGCAGCAGGAGGGGGGGGACCGGAUUCGGAUAGCCUAAGCAAGUUCUUUUCCGCCUCGAACCCCAUAUUCGUUUGUAAGAACCUCACUGUAAACCUCACUAUAGUCGACUGCAACGACAGCGCCGCCCGGAUCCUCCGCGUCGCCCAGAAUGAACGCAGCACCCGAAUCUUCGGCCAAUCACCAGUCGUCUUCUCGCCGCCCGUGCAACCCGAGGGAAUCCUAUCCGCAGUAGCAAGCGAGCAGCGCUGGCUGGAUAUAGCUACGAGCAAUGGCCGCCCGUUCCGGUUCCCCUGGGUGCACAUGUCAAUCGACGGUCAGAUGUUUCUCGUGGAGGUGAUGGCGAUGGUGCUAGUGGACGGCCCAGAUACAUUCCACAUCACCAUGUGGAAACAGUACCUCAACUCCUCGUCUCUUACCCGCGAGUUGCGGCUCGCCGCCCGCGCGAAACGGGCAGCCGAGAGGUCUCGAGUUCAAUUCCUGGCGAACAUGAGUCAUGAGCUUAGGACACCGAUUAAUGGCGUGUUGGGGUAUGCACAGCUGAUGAUGCAGACACAGCUUGAUCCGGAGCAGCAGUCUUAUCUGCAGAGUAUAUACGAGUCGGGAGAAGUGCUGCUGGGAACGGUUUCUCAGGCUCAGCUGGAUCCGGAGCAGCAGUCGUACCUGCAGAGUAUAUACGAGUCGGGAGAAGUGCUGCUGGGAACGGUCUCGCAGGUGUUGGAGAUGAGUCAGCUGCAGAAGCGGGAGGUGGUGCCAAGGCAGGUGCGGUUUGAUCUGCACAGGGCUAUUGGGGAGGCGGCUGGCAGCAUGCGGCCUCUGGCGCACAGGAAAGGGCUGCAGGUGGGUGCUGCUGGGUGCAGGCGGGUACGCUUCAAUCUGCACAGGGCCAUUGGGGAGGCGGCUGGCAGCAUGCGGCUUCUGGCUCACAGGAAAGGGCUGCAGGAGGGUGCCAAUGGGUGCUGGUGGGUGCUGAUGGGUGCUGGUUCGGGAGGGAAGCAGAGGGUUCUGGAUCAGAGGGUGUUGCAGGUAAGGCUGGGUAAAAGGGAGGUGUUGCCAAGGCUGGUGCGGUUUGAUCUGCACAGGGCGAUUGGGGAGGCGACUGGGAGCAUGCGGCCUCUGGCGCACAGGAAGGGGUUGCAGUUCGGGAUCAGCAUGGACAGGGCAGUGCCGCACGCAGUGCUGGGGGACCCACCCAUGCUGCGCCAGCUGCUGCUGCACCUGCUCUCCUCCUUUCAUUUCCCUUCCCUACCUUUCCUCUCCCAUCGCCCGUCGCUCUCCCACCCCCCUUCCCCCCCACUCCAGUUCGGGAUCAGCAUGGACAGGGCAGUGCCGCACGCAGUGCUGGGGGACCCAUCCAUGCUGCGCCAGCUGCUGCUGCACCUGCUCUCCUCCUUUCAUUUCCCUUCCCUACCUUUCCUCUCCCAUCGCCCGUCGCUCUCCCACCCCCCUUCCCCCCCACUCCAGUUCGGGAUCAGCAUGGACAGGGCAGUGCCGCACGCAGUGCUGGGGGACCCAUCCAUGCUGCGCCAGCUGCUGCUGCACCUGCUCUCCUCCUUUCAUUUCCCUUCCCUACCUUUCCUCUCCCAUCGCCCGUCGCUCUCCCACCCCCCUUCCCCCCCACUCCAGUUCGGGAUCAGCAUGGACAGGGCAGUGCCGCACGCAGUGCUGGGGGACCCAUCCAUGCUGCGCCAGCUGCUGCUGCACCUGCUCUCCUCCUUUCAUUUCCCUUCCCUACCUUUCCUCUCCCAUCGCCCGUCGCUCUCCCAACCCCCUUCCCCCCCACUCCAGUUCGGGAUCAGCAUGGACAGGGCAGUGCCGCACGCAGUGCUGGGGGACCCAUCCAUGCUGCGCCAGCUGCUGCUGCACCUGCUCUCCUCCUUUCAUUUCCCUUCCCUACCUUUCCUCUCCCAUCGCCCGUCGCUCUCCCACCCCCCUUCCCCCCCACUCCAGUUCGGGAUCAGCAUGGACAGGGCAGUGCCGCACGCGGUGCUGGGGGACCCAUCCAUGCUCCAUUUCGGGAUCAGCAUGGACAGGGCAGUACCACACGCAGUGCUGGGGGACCCAUCCAUGCUGCGGCAGCUGCUGCUGCAUCUGCUCUCCAACGCCCUCAAGUUCACCCACCAAGGCACCGUGCAGCUCACCGUUCACGUGCUGGCCCCUCCUGGCGCUGCUGCUGGUUCUGCUGCCGGUGCUGAUUCUCUCGCUUCUUCCCUCUUCUCCCGUGUACCCCCCUCCCUUUGGCAGUUCGGGAUAAGCAUGGACAGGGCAGUGCCGCACGCGGUCCUGGGUGACCCAUCCAUGCGGCAGCUGCUGCUGCAUCUGCUCUCCAACGCCCUCAAGUUCACCCACCAAGGCACCGUGCAGCUCACCGUUCGCGUGCUGGCCCCUCCUGGCGCUGCUGCUGGUUCUGCUGCCGGUGCUGAUUCUCUCGCUUCUUCCCUCUUCUCCCGUGUACCCCCCUCCCUUUGGCAGUUCGGGAUAAGCAUGGACAGGGCAGUGCCGCACGCGGUCCUGGGUGACCCAUCCAUGCUGCGGCAGCUGCUGCUGCAUCUGCUCUCCAACGCCCUCAAGUUCACCCACCAAGGCACCGUGCAGCUCACUGUGCACGUGCUGGCCCCUCCUGGCGCUGCUGCUGGUGCCGCUGGUGUUGCUGGUACUGCUGGUUCUGGUGGGGGAGUGGGGGCGGGAGGGAAGCAGAGGGGUGUGGGUCGAAGGGUGUCGCAGGUUAUGGGCAAGGCAGGGGAAGGGCUACAAGGGGGCUUAGUGGGGAGAGAGUUGCAAGAGCAGGAGGGUAAACAGGAGCAGCAGCAGGCGGAGCAGGUGCAGGAACAGGAGCAGCAGGAGGAGGAGGCCUGUUCUGCUGCUGAAUCUCAGGCGGUGUGGGGGAGGAGUGAAGGGGGAGCAAGUGGGAGGGAGAGUGGGACUCGAAUCAUGACUGUUUCAGAAGCCCAGUUGCUGCCGCAGGCUGCUGAGAGGGAGCGCAAGGAGAGGGAGAGGAAAGCGAUGGAGAGGGAAGAGAGGGGGAGGGAGGAGAGGGAGGGGGAAGCGCGGGAGGCGGAAGAAAACGAGGGGGAAGAGAGAGACAAAGACGGACCCGGGACAGAGUUUAGGGCAUCAAAGCAGAUCACAAGGCUUUCAUUUGAGGUGGUGGAUACAGGAGUGGGAGUGCCGCCCAACAUGCUGCAUCAAAUCUUCAAGCCUUUCGUCCAAGUGGACGACUCUGCCGCCCGGGAGUAUCAGGGCCUUGGGCUGGGAUUGGCUAUUGCGCAAUCGCUUGUGCGGCUUCUGGGCGGCGAGGGGAUACAUAUUGAGAGCGAGCCGGAUAAAGGGUCGUGUUUCGCGUUUACCCUUCCUUUUGAGGUGUGGAGAGGGGAGGCGAGGGGUGGAAGGGAGAAGAGGAGGGGAAGGGAGGGUGAGAUUGUGGGAGGGGAGAGAGGGAAGGUGGAGGGAGAGGGAGGAUCGGGGAGAGAGGUUCUCGAGGGGGGGUUCGGGGAUAAUGGCGGAGGGAGGGGCAAGCGAGCAAGGAUAGUUGAGGAGAGAUUAGAUGCGGUGAGGAUGGGUGGGGAGAGGUUCCAGUCGUUUGAGGCUGAUACGGGGGAGAUUGGUAGGUUUGUAGCAGAGGGGGGUGAGUGUGGGGAGAGCAGUAGGGCAGGGAAAGAGGGAGAGGACGCGAGGAAGGGAGUUGCAGGGAGUGUGAAGCGGAAGCGAAGAGAGGAGGGUGGUGAUGUUGAUGAUGAGAUGGGGAUAAGGCAGGAGCGUCAGGGGGAGGAGGUGGGUGGAGGAAUGUGGGGAGAGGUGCAGGGAGGGGAGUGGGGAGAAGAGGGAAGUGAUGAGAUGGAGGAGGAGAGAGGGAAGAACAGAGGGGAGGGGAGGGGGGGGAGUAGCGAUGUAUUGGCACAGAGAGAGGAGGCGAGGAGAAGGAAAUGGAGGGUGCAACACGACAGGGGUUUUUUCAGUGGGGCAAGGCGUGCCAAUAAGGGCCUUUUUGAAGCGCCUCAGAAGCAAGACCAGGGGUUUUCCAGUGGGGCUGGGCCGAGAGGGGAAGGGCGCUUUGCUGAAUCGAACCCCUUGGGUGCCGCGCUGAUCCGAACCACCAGCCCCAUAAGCGCUGCUCUUCUCCGGUCCGAAAUUCCUAUAGGCACUUCGAUAGGUGCUCCUAUGGAUGGUCCUGAGGGUGCUUCUCUAGGUGCUUCCCUGGGGGGUUCUCUGCGGGAUUUCGCCAGUGAGCCUCUCUCACACGACCCUGAAGUGCAAGCCCAGGGCCAUGGGCCUGCACCUAACUUUCAGAGAACAUUCGUCUCUUCUCCUGCCAGCCUGGCAGCAGAUGGGACCACUGCAGCUACAGCAGCGGCUGUAGCGGGUGCGUCCUCUCUCAGGAGUUCCCAAGGAGCAAAUGCAGCCACCGAAGGAAGAGCAGCUGUUGCAGUGGGAGCAGCAGCUGUGUCAACAGAAACCUCUAAUGCACAUCAAGCAGCGGGUGCUGGGCGACAUGGCGUGGUGGUAGGCAGCGAGGCAGUGAAUCGCAGUGUGUUACAGCCAGUGGCAGCGGCGGCAACAGCACCAACAGCAGCCGCCGUAGCAGGUGUAGCAACUGUAACACGCGGCAAUAAGGCAGGGCCGGCAGGCACGGCGGGUGCAGGAAAGACAGGCGCGGGGCUGAAGUGCCUUGUGGUGGACGACAACGCAGUGAACCGCAGCGUGCUGCAGCGGCUGCUGCGCUCGCUCGGAGCAGAGCAGCUGGUGUUGGCCCGCAACGGCGCAGAGGCAGUAGCGGUGUGUGAGAAGGAUGGAGAGGGGUUGGAUGUGGUGUUUAUGGAUCUGCACAUGCCUGUCAUGGAUGGGUUUGAGGCGUCAACGCGGAUUCUCGGGCUUUGGAGGAGUCGGUAUGGGUCUGAUGCGGUGCCGCGGACUAGUAGCAUGUCGCAGCAACAGCAGCAGCAAGUUCAAGCAGUGCAGCCCUUGCAGCCCCAGCAGGUGCAGCUGCAGCAGCAAGAUUAUUCAUUCCGGUACAGGCCGCUGCUUGUUGCAAUCACGGCAAGUGCAUUGGAGGAGGAGGAGGAGAAGUGUAGGAAGGUGGGAAUGGAUUUCUUUCUCACUAAACCAGCCUUGCUGAGUGAGGUGGCAUCUUUGUCGUUCUAA